AUGGCUUCGAGCAGCGGGCAAGCUUCUAAACUGACGUCGAAAGGAUAUGAGGCGUACAGAAAGGCCCCGGACCAGAUGAAGGGCGCUAAGCCGCCGCAGGGCGUUGAAGGGGCUAUGCAACUCACCAGCCCCAGUGACUUGAAGGUGGCGUUCGAGAUGCUGGAUGAAAACAAAGAGGGGCUGCUUGGAAAGAAGCAGGCACGGGAGUUCUUACGCUGUGCUGGGUGGUGCUUGUCCGACGACGAGCUCGACGCGAUGCUUUUGAACCAGCUCAAAGCCAGCACGAAGCAAGGAACGAUAGCAGAGAGAACGAAGUGGAACCUGCGAAUGCUCAUGGAUCUGCUGGAACAAAACCAUGAUCGAGACAAUGUCAGCUUGGCAGCAGUGCAACAAGCGCUGCGAAGGCUUGCAAACAAUCGCGCCAAGAUUAGCAAGGAUCGCAUCUUGGAGUUCAUAUCCCAAGACCAGGAUCUGUCGGAGGCAGACAUUGACCAGGUUCUUGGCGCUGUGGGCAUGAGUGGUGCCAAGCUACUAGACUGCGAGCAAUUGGCCGCCAAACUAUUGGAUCGGGUGUGCAAUCCUCCUUCGGUGCUGGAAAUGCACGAGUUAGACCGAGACACAGCGGAGCGCUGUCAAACAGUGGCCGGGCUGUCUUGA